AUGUGUUUCGGCGGGAUUCUAACGCAGAACUUUGCAGCCAAAAUCGAGAAGCUGGGAAUUAGAGGAAUUCGAUCCUUUGGCCCUACCAAUGCGCAGUUCGUCACCUUCAACACGCCCCUUACACUCAUCGUUGGCGAAAAUGGAUCAGGCAAGACAACCAUCAUUGAAUGCCUCAAGUAUGCCACAACCGGCGAGCAGCCCCCAAACAGCAAGGGCGGUGCAUUUCUGCAUGAUCCCAAGCUGGCUGGCGAAUCCGUAAUCAAGGCCCAGGUCAAGCUAUCCUUCUACUCUACAAUAGGCCAGCAGCUCGUGGUCACGAGGAGCUUGCAGGUUACCCAGGCAAAGAAGAAGCUAAACCUCAAAACAAUCGAUGGCACUCUGCGAGUUGAGACAAAUGGCGAACAUGUCAGCCUCUCCAAGAAAAACGCCGAGCUGGAUGAGAUGGUACCCGAGAAGAUGGGUGUGCCGGCAGCAAUCCUCGAGAACGUGAUCUUUUGCCAUCAAGAUGACUCUUUAUGGCCCCUCAGCGAGCCCUCGGUCCUCAAAAAGAAGUUUGAUGAGCUUUUCGAGGCAAUAAAGUACACCAAGGCGAUUGAUAAUCUGAAGCUAUUGCGGAAGAAACACGGCGAGCAGCUUCGCAUCUACAAGAACCUAGAGGAAACCUCGAAGCAAGACAAGGAGAAGGGCGAGCGGUAUGGAAAAGCAAUCAAGGUUCUCGAGGCCGAGAUUGCAGAACUGGAAAAGAAGUACAAGGCGACGUUAGAUAAGAUGGACAAGUAUCGCAAGGAGGAGGCGGUGAAGCGACAGGAGGCAAACAGCUUCUUCGGCAUCGUGACCGAUCUACAAAACAAAAAGGUUCUCUAUGAGGAGCGAAAGCAAAUGGCCGAUGAGCUGCUGGAAACCAUAGAGCGAAUGUCUGAUUCUGAAGAAGAGCUCGAGGCAGCCCUGAAUCAGUAUGCGGACAAGGUCAAGCAGAUGAAGGAUGAUGCGACCGAGAAGGCGGCACAGUACACGGAACUAAAAGAAGAUCUCGCGGCACUGCGAAAAUCUCUGCAGGACAAGCUGGCAGAUCGUGGAAAGCAUGUGGCUGACAAGGAGCAUCAUGAACGUCAAGUAUCAGCCCGGCUCAGCAUGGUCAAGGAGGCUGCACAGCAGCACGGAAUUCGGGGGUUUGAUGGAGAUUUGACCGAGGCUCAGGUGCAGACCUUCGAGAACCGAGUCCAAAAGCUUCUCGACGAGAAGAAGCGCGAAGUAAUAGCAUAUGAUCAGGACCUCGAGAAACUCAAGACCUCUCAUGGAAAAGCCGUUGCUGAUCUCACUGCGCGUAGGGAAUCUUUGAAUAGAGGACGUGGUUCGGCCCAGAAGCGAAUCUCUGACAUUGAUGGGCGCCUCAAAAGUCUCCAACGCUCUGUUGGUGAUCUACAUGUAGAUGAUGGAGCGAAAGCAGUUUUGGACUCCAACUCAACACAACUGGAAAAUGACCUACGCGAGGCAUACAGCGCCCUGCAGCAAUCGGAACUGGAUGGCGAGAUCAACGAGGCGAAUGACAAUCUGGGACGGCUCCAAGGCGAGGCGUCGCGACUGAACAACGAGCUUGUACAGUGCACUCACUUGGCAUCCGAGCGAGCUCAGCUCGAUCUCCGCAGGAAAGAAGCAGAAAACCAAAACGUCUAUCUCAAAUCAGUUAUGGCAACAUGGGGCGACAAGCUUUCGGCCUUGAUAGGAGGCCCCGUUGAUCCGGAAACCAUCGGCAAAGUCUAUCAGCAGAUUCUCGACCAGCAGAGCGCCGCUGUUUCAGCCAAGAAGAGCCUCGUGGACGAGGCUCAGCAGGAGAUCCGCCAGCUUGACUACAAGGUAUCCUCUGCUCGUGAGGAGGUUGCGAAGACUGCCAAGGACACCGAGCGUGCUGAGAAGGCGGUCCGCGAUGCCUUGAUACAGUCCAAGGAUGAGGACGAUGACGAUCACCCGGUCCAUACCUAUCUUGAUCGGCUGGCUUCCUUGCAAGAGAGCCUGAGCGUUGCGGAGACUGAUUUACAUUUGUUUGAUGCGCUGGCUGAGUAUUACGAAAAAGCAAAAAAGAAGAUGGAGCGCGAUAACAAAUGCACUCUGUGCGAACGUUCAUUUGGAGAUUCUGACAAGUUCUUCAAAUCAAAGUUGGUUCAAAAGAUUGUCAAGAACCUGGACCAAACCCAGAAGGAGGUUGUCAACGCCGACAUCCAGCGGUUGAGGAGGCAGGUUGAUAUUCUGAGGGCCGUGCGGACGAAUUAUGACACGUACCAAAGAACAAAGGCACAGCUCCCGCCCCUGGAGGAGAAGCUUCAGGCUCUAGAGCGCGAAAAAGAAGAAAUGAUCAGAAAGCAAGAAACCUUGGAUGCAGAGAUGGGCGCCUUGGAAGAAAAGCGGCUUGAUACCGAAUCUAUGGGCAAGGCAGUCCGUAGCAUCACGGAUGCCGUGGCAAAGAUUGCCGAUUCCGAAAAGCAGAUCGAGCGGUUGGCAUCUCAGCAGAGCUCGAGUGGCAACAUCCGCAGUGCGCAGGAGAUUCAGGAAGCCCAAGUGAAGAACUCGGAACAGACGAGAGCGUUGACCACCCAGUUGAAUAAGCUUGUGACGGAUCGCCAAAGGAAGAAAGACUUGAUCUCCCAGUUGGAGCUGAACAAAAGUGAGCUGCAGCGCCAAUUGUCCGAGUUCAACCAGAAGGUUGAGCGCAAGAACGACCUCAUCAAGCAGAUGGAGUCGCUUAAGACCGAGAGAGAGCAAAUGCAGGAAACCAAGGACGAAGGUACCAAGGAGCUAGAGGAUCUAGAACAGAACUUGUUCAAAGCAGAAUCGAUCCGCGACGAGGAGGUUGGUCGUGCUCGAGAGAAACUCCAGAAGGCUACAGAACAGAAGAAUCUCGUUGCAGAAACUGUGGGAAAGCUUCAGUCUCUGAGCAGCGAUAUACAAGACUACUUGGACAGAGGAGGGCCGAGUUUGGCUGCUGCCAACGAUCGUGCAAUCAGGAAUCUUGAGCAGUCGCUUGAGAGGAUGGAAAGCGACAUCACAAAGCUUACAGCGGAGAUCAAUAAACUAAGGCAGGAAGCCGACAAUAGCGACCGCAAAAAGAAGAACAUUCAGGACAAUCUGGCCUAUAACCGGACGCUGAGGAUCGUCGAUAAGCUAGAGAAGGAAAUUGAAGCCUUGGAGGACCGAAACGCACAAGAAGACUGGGAACGACUCGACGGCGAGGCUAACGCGCUCAAGAUGAAGUUUGACGAACUCUCUGGCAAAUCUCAUGUGCUCAAGGGUACGCUCGAGACCAAAAAAGCAGAGCAAGCCAGUCGGGUGGCCGAGUAUCAGCAGGACUACAGCGAUGCGAGGCUCAAGUUUCGCGAGGCUCACAUCAAGGUGGAGACAACCAAGGCGGCCAUUGAGGACAUGGGCAGCUACAGCGCCGCCCUCGAGAAGGCAAUCAUGUCGUACCACAGUCUCAAGAUGGAGGAGGUGAACCGCAUUGCGGACGAGCUGUGGCGGUCGACAUAUCAGGGUACUGACAUCGACACCAUCCUCAUCCGAUCCGAGGUCGAAACCUCGGCCACGGCCUCCACUACACGGCGGACCUACAACUACCGCCUCUGCAUGGUGAAGCAAGACACGGAGAUGGACAUGCGUGGCCGUUGUUCGGCGGGCCAAAAGGUCCUGGCAAGCAUCAUCAUCCGCCUGGCGCUGGCCGAGUCGUUUGGCGUCAGCUGUGGCCUGAUCGCCCUGGACGAGCCGACGACAAACCUCGAUGAGGCAAACAUCCGCAGCCUCGCCGUGUCGCUGCACAACAUCAUCCAGGCACGCCAGGCACAGUCGAAUUUCCAGCUCAUCGUGAUCACGCACGACGAGGCCUUUCUGCGCGCGAUGCAGUGCUCCGACUUUUGCGACACCUUCUACCGUGUCAGGAGGGAUGAGAUGCAGCGGAGUACUAUUUCGCGCGAAAACAUUUCGGUCCUGAUGGAUUGA